CCCCCCAAAAAAAUCCGUCGCAUCCCUUCUUCUCCGCACCUGUUUGGCUGAUGAUUGCACUGGGACUGGGACCAGGAGUGGGACUGGGCUGGAGAAGCUCCUGGGUCCAGGACUCAAAGGCACCAGUGAUCCCAUGGCCAUACUGGGGCUGAAGGAGUAGCUGAAGGGUUUUUAACCUCCCUGGCAGCCAGAGCCCACCGGGUCCACGUACAGCUGGGCCACAUCCUGCUGCGUUCCCAGGCAGGACACGGUGCAGAGGUCUCAGAGGUCAGGGAUGACGAAGACGUACGCCAAGCCCAAGGAGAUGGCGGAGCUCCUGAGCACCCAAGCCUGGAUGGACGAAACGCUGAGCUCCAAAGGCGAGCUGAAGGAAGAGGAUGGCAGGCAAGGUCCCUUCGGGUUGGUGCCUGGCUUGAACGAAGAGCACGACAGCAUCGAGGAAGAAGAGGAGGAAGAGGAUGAGGGGGAAAAGCCGAAGAGAAGAGGACCAAAGAAGAAGAAGAUGACCAAGGCGAGGCUUGAGCGAUUCAGGGCUCGGCGGGUGAAGGCCAAUGCCCGCGAGCGCACGCGGAUGCACGGCCUGAACGAUGCUCUGGACAACCUGAGGAGGGUGAUGCCCUGCUACUCCAAGACGCAGAAAUUGUCCAAGAUCGAGACCCUGAGGCUUGCGAGGAAUUACAUCUGGGCUCUGUCUGAGGUGCUCGAAACGGGGCAGACUCCUGAAGGCAAGAGCUUUGUGGAGAUGCUCUGCAAGGGCUUGUCGCAGCCCACCAGCAACCUGGUGGCUGGCUGCCUGCAGCUGGGGCCGCAGACCCUGUUCCUGGAGAAGCACGAAGAAAAGUCCCCGGUGUGCGACUCGGCCAUUUCCAGCCACUCCUUCAGCUACCAGUCCCCGGGGCUCCCCAGCCCGCCCUACGGUUCGAUGGAAACCCACCUGCUGCAUCUGAAGCCUCCGACCUUCAAGAGCCUGGUGGAUGCGUCCUUCGGAGCCCACCCCAAUGACUGCACCACUCCCCCCUACGAGGGGCCCCUGACGCCGCCCCUCAGCAUCAGCGGGAACUUCUCCCUGAAGCAAGACGGGUCCCCAGACCUGGAUAAAUCCUACACCUUCAUGGCCCACUACCCCUCGGUCGGCCUGGCGGGCGCACACGGACACGGAGCACACUUCCAAAGCGCGGUGCCCCGCUACGAGAUCCCCAUAGACAUGAGCUACGAGUCCUACCCGCACCACGUGGCCGGGCCCCAGCUCAAUGCCAUCUUCAACGAGUAGCAAAGCAGGGUCAGACCCGAACUCUGGAGACAGGGAGAAGUUCGGCCGAGCUGCGGAGCUGUUUCUAGAAGGGACACAGCCGGAGCAAGGGAAUUGCUGCUCCGGGGCAGUGCGAGACCUCUGAACAUCUCUGCAGGACGUCACUGCGCAAGGUGCAGCUGGCCCUCCUGUCCUCCCCCAGCCCGUGCCACCUCGCUGAGUUUCAGAGCUGCCCCCAGAACCCUUCCUGAGAUCUGAACCUGGAUUGCAGACCCCCGUAUCUGCGUGA